CAUGACUAUAAAAGGAUAGUUUCCAUUGGGUUCGGUACUUAAUCAAAGGCGAUGCAAGUUGCCCAACAGUAAAUAGCUCCCUUCUGAUUAUGUAACUCCUGCCAUCAUAAAUUAACCAACACGUAUUUCCACAUAUUAUGCCAGGCAGAAGCACACAGUCAGUCAGAACAUAAUAUUUACUUCCAGGAAUCUCGGCAGCACAUGCACACACCUCAGUGUCUCAAACAGCAUUUUACACUGACCAAUAGCAUUUUUCUAGAUUUGACAAGUGCUUCAAGCCUGUGGCUGUUUACACCGGGAACACAAUUAUUUUCUUUUUUUUAUCAAUCAGAUGAACCACGAUAACAUGUGAAAAUAUCUGACUGGGGAAAAUACCAAUGAGUGGAAAAAAUAUAUAAUUAAAUCAAUCACUACCAAAAUAAGCUUAGCAGAGAUUGACUUCGAUGGACUUCAAUCUGCCAUCCACUUGUCCAGUGAGGGGGAUACAAUGGGAGAGGGUCCUGCCGCCGCUUCUUCAGAGGCUCAAAGGAACAUUUACACCGUCAGAACUGCUCAUCCCAGUGACUGAGCACUCUGGAGAGGUGUUUUGUGACCACACUAGAUUCUCGGUUCAGGUUGACGUAAAACCCUUCAAACCAGAUGAGUUGACGGUGAAGGUUAUAGGAGACUUUGUGGAGGUCCAAGGAAAACAUGAACAGAAAAAGGAUGGGUCGGGUGUGGUGACUCGGCAGUUCAACAGCCGCUUCAGAAUUCCGGAGAAAAUAGACACCAUGGCCCUGGAGUCAGAUGUGUCAUCUGAAGGCAUCCUCAUAAUUUCUGCUCCUCUGCUGCAGGGGGAGAACCCCCGACCCUUGUCCCACUCAGAACUCUGAACACUCCAUGGUAACACAAAAUUCAUAGGAAUUAGGAACACACACACACACACACAUGUGUGUAAUAUAUAUAUAUAUAUAUAUAAAAAAACUCAAUUUUCUUUGUGCACACAUUUCAUAGGAACAUACAGCUUACAAACCCACACCUUUGCUACAUAUAACACACGCAGGCCAUAACCAUAUCCAUCCGGAGCUUACUUUAAUUACAUGAUUACUUUAAGAACAAUUAUAUGUAACACUACAAAUCAAGAGAAACUGACUAAUAAAUCUGACUGAUAGAGGCAGAAAUACAACCCCUCUGCAAUCCAUUAGACACACAAAAAACCUCAAAAACAGCUGGUGCCUUCCUGAGCUAAAACAAACACGCCCCGGAAAAGCACCAGCUGUUUUUUGACUCUCAGAGUUCUCAUUUCUAAACCCUAAUGUUAUCCUAUUAUUAUUAUUGUGAAUACUAUAAUACACACAAAAAAUAUAUAAUGGUGUAGCCUACGGGGCUACCACAGUCAAAGCCACUACCUCUAGUGCACGUACUGAUGUAGCAUGGGUUCAAAUCCAGCCCAUCGCUCUUUUUGUAUAACAUAAUCUUUCAAACUAUGUUUAAACUUUCCUGUCAAAUAAAGUGUAAUAUAAAGUAUACACACCUUCUGAAAUAGAAAGUGCUAAAUUAUAUUAUGUAAAGAGUAUACAAUAAAAAUGUCCUGUAAUUGUUUGUGUAAAUGUGCAAAACAUUGUAC